UUUAUAUUUUAUUUUCCCUUUGAAUUCGCUGUCGAAAGUGUGAUUUAACAUAAUUUAAAAGAAAAUGUAUAGUCAGAGUUUGCUUUUUGUGUAAAAGAAAACGCCAAGUAAUGUUGCAACGUUUCCAAACGCAAGCAAAAGUGGAGAAUCCUCGCUAUGGGCAGCUGAUAAUAGGUCCGCCGGGCUCCGGCAAGACAACCUACUGUAACGAGGCCUACAAGUUCUACCGCGAGCUGGGCCGCCAGGUUGGCGUCGUCAAUUUGGAUCCCGCGAAUGACAACAUGUCGUACGAGCCGGUCAUCAAUGUCAUGGAGCUGAUAACCGUAGAGGAUUGUAUGGAGCACCUGCAGCUGGGGCCCAACGGAGCCCUGAUGCACUGCGCCGAGUACCUGCAGCAGCACAUUGAGGAUUGGCUGCUGCCGGCACUGCGCAAGCUCAGCGCCACCCACAAUUACUUCCUGUUCGACUGCCCCGGACAGAUUGAGUUGUACACGCAUCACAAUGCCAUGGCGCUGGUGUUCGAGCGCCUGGAGCGGGAGCGUUACAGUCUGGUCACAGUGAAUCUCAUCGACUCGCACUACUGUUCGGAGCCGGCCAAGUUCAUUGCCACCUUGCUGAUGGCGCUGAACACCAUGAUGAGAAUGAGCCUGCCGCAUGUGAAUGUCCUGUCCAAGGCGGAUCUGUUGCGGAAGCACGAGUCCAAGCUGCACUUCAAUGUGGACUACUACACGGACGUGCUGGAUCUGAAGUAUCUGCUGGAGAAACUGGACGACGACCCCACUAUGCGCAAGUACCAGAAGCUCAACGAGGCCAUCUGCUCCAUGGUGGAGGACUAUGCCCUGGUCUCCUUCCAGCUGCUGGACGCCUUCAGCACGGACAGCAUGCUGCGACUACGCAAUCACAUCGAUAAGGCGAACGGAUAUGUGUAUAAGGCAGGAGAGGAGCAGACUGUCAACUCUCUGCUGGCCUGCGCCGUGGGAGCCGAGUCUGAGGCUAUGCGACAGCAACACGACGUUCAACCAUAUGUGGAAUAGCAUUCGCACCUUGGAAUAUUCCAUUUUUUCCCACUAAACCUAGACAACAAUAGAAUACAUAAUCCAUCACCUCCAACGGUCUGUGAUAAUCCUUGUCUGAAAAGCAAGACAAUGAAUGCUUCUCCGUAAUGAGUGCGAGGACAGUGCAACACUAUGAGCAUGAUCACGAGGAGCACCUCAAAAUUUAAAUAAACGAUCAUCUUUAAUUAUUAUACUAUUGGCUCGCUGGGUUGGAGUACGUACAUGUCGCUCGUUAUUUGAUUGCCGACGCAACAGCAUUUUGAUGGCCUCUGGGCUCCAAAUAAUCCUAAUCUUUGUUUAUUGCCAAAUUUUCAAGAAUGAUCAGCAAAUAUAAAUUAUAUAUUCGUUG